UUCUGGAAGAAAAAAUAAGAAACCUAAAGAACAUCCUUUUGGAAGUCUCAUGAGUAAUUCAAACUUAGCUCAUCAAAUCACUGAUUUUCUCUAAAAUACUUGUUCCUUCGUCAGUCUUAUAUCUUAAUAAAUUAUACCACCAUCUAAGUCAAACCCCUGGAGUUAUCCUUGUCUCCCUCAUUCCCCACAUUCAAACCAAUAUCAGGAUAUGUCUCUUCUAUCUCUGUAGUGGACAUCUAUGGAAUUCACCACCUCAACAUUCUCCCCUUUUCUCUUGAAAACUCCCUCACUCUCAAAAGUAUUUUCUCUUUGUCCUUUUGUUUCUUUCCUUUUUUUCUUCUCCCUUCAUUUGCUCCUGUUUUUCCCACAGGUACAGAAAUUUAAGGCAAUCAUACUAUUUGGUUCACAUUACCAUCAAGGCCUUUCUUAUCUUUUCCCCAUUCCAAUUACUACUCAUGUUCCUACCCUCCUCACUUAGGUCAUCGCUCUAAUAUGUUUGAAAUAUGUCCUUGGAUAUAUCUAUGUCUUUUAAUAAUAUAUAGUGUCUUAUGUAUGUAUAUGUUUUAAAUGUACAUAAUUGACAUCAUGUUAUAGAAAUCAUUGUUUCUUUUUCAUGUUUCUGUGAAUACUUCUGAUGCAUAAUAUUGUCUUAAAUGCCCUCACACCCUUGGCCACUGGUCCUGGGCCAAGAUGGGCCAAUCAGAGUCCUUACCCAGAAUUUUUUUUAACUGAAACUGAGAAAGAAAAUUCCUCUCCAGUGUGGAAGCCAUAAAAUGUAAAACACAGGAGCUGUCGGCAGCCACGCGUCCUGCCAUGUGGAACUGGUCUGCGACAAAAAAGAAUGAAGCUAACAUGCAGAAAGCAGCAGAGAACAAUGUGUGCUCAGUACUGCAUCUCCUUUGCUGAUGUUGAAAAAGCUCAUAUCAACAUUCGAGAUUUUAUCCACCUCACACCAGUGCUAACAAGCUCCAUUUUGAAUCAAGUAACAGGGCGCAAUCUUUACUUCAAAUGUGAACUCUUCCAGAAAACUGGAUCUUUUAAGGAUGUGUACUUUGAGAGCUUGUUUGGAGGAAUUCCUGCUUAUAUUGUGGUACCCCAAACAGCUCCCAACUGUAAAAAACUGGCCAUACAAGCCUAUGGAGCCUCUAUAGUCUACAGUGAACAGAGCGACGAGUCCAGAGAAAAUAUUACCAAAAGAAUUAUAGAAGAAACAGAAGGCAUCAUGGUACAUCCCAAUCAAGAACCUGCAGUGAUGGCUGGGCAAGGGACAAUUGCCAUGGAAGUGCUGAACCAGGUUCCUUUGGUAGAUGCACUGGUGGUACCUGUAGGAGGAGGAGGAAUGAUUGCUGGAAUAGCAAUUACAGUUAAGGCUUUGAGACCUACUGUGAAGGUAUAUGCUGCUGAAUCCUUGAAUGCAGAUGACUGCUACAAGUCCAAACUGAAAGGGGAACUGACCCCCAAUCCCUGUCCUCCAGAAACCAUAGCAGAUGGUGUCAAAUCCAGCAUUGGCCUAAACACCUGGCCUGUUAUAAGGGACCUUGUGGAUGAUGUCUUCACUGUCACAGAGGAUGAAAUUAAGUAUGCAACCCAGCUGGUAUGGGAGAGGAUGAAACUGCUCAUUGAACCUACAGCUGCUGUUGGAGUGGCUGCUGUUCUGUCUCAGCAUUUUCAAACUAUUUCCCCAGAAGUAAAGAACAUCUGUAUUGUGCUCAGUGGUGGAAAUGUAGAUUUAACUUCCAUAACUUGGAUGAAGCAGGCUGAAAGGCCAGCCCCUUAUCAAUCUGUUUCUGUUUAAUUUAUGCAUAAGGAAGAAAUGUGAUUCAGUUUUUCUAGACACUU